AUGACUAAACAAAAGCUCGCCUUUGAUGGAGUCGUGCCUCACGUGUUUGUGUGGUCCGUGCGUCGUGCGCUAAGUAAGCGACCACAGCGAUUUUCGUGUGGUUCUGAAAUUCCGAAUUCUACGCCUCACCUCGCAUCCUCAACGUCGACUAACCCCACAGCGAGACCCUCUGUCCGUACGUACCACGAUAUUCCCAUUAGUUUUGUUUUAUUUGCGUAUCUUUGGCAUUGCUGCGACAGCGCGCUGUAG